AAAAUCAUUAAGACUUCCCAUCGUAUUAAUAAUAUUUACAAUGGCCAGCUCACUAAGUGGUCAUUUAGAUAUGGCAGAAAUUUAUCAAUUGCUCGAUUCCACUGAUCUGAGUGUCUUGGAACAAACAACGGCUCUUGUACGAGAUAAUCUUGGUUCUGUACGCGAGCCUUGGUUGCUACACGGUCUUGUGGAUUACUACAUUCAGUCUGGUAAUAUUAUUGCAAGAAAUCUACUCUGUAUGGUACGACAACACCAGCAUAAGAUGUUGAUGAAUAAAAUGGAUGAUUAUUUACAAAAAGUAUCGACAAGAUUUAAAGCACUGUGUUUGUUUGGCCAUAUAGUCAGGAGUGAACCAAUAUGGACGCCACUAAUUAUAUCAACACGACCAUUUCAAACUGUGCUGAAGUGUUUGCAGGUUGAUACUGACUUGCCCACCAUCACGUCUGCACUUUACACAGUAGCUACUCUUCUACCAAAAGUUGCAAGUCAACUUUCAACUUACCUGCAAUCAUUAUUCCGUAUUUAUGUUCGUCUUGUAUCAUGGCACACACUCAAACCAGCUGGUGCAAAUGAAGCGAACCUCAUCCAUCUCCACACUGCUGUCUAUGCUCUCUUCUUAUGUUUAUACGGCAUGUUUCCGUGUUCUUUUAUUAAAUUCUUGCAACAGUAUUAUCACCCACAAACAUCCAGCUCAAACAAAGGAGGAACCAGUGAGAAAGAAAAGUCUCGAAUAUUUGAAAACAGCGUUCAACCGAUGCUUGAUCAUGUUCGGCUUCAUCCUCGUAUUAUAACAGAUUCAUCGGAUGCAGAAAUCUCAAGUGACAGAUGGAGAAAACUGGAAGGCCCUGAAAUUAUUGCUGAUAUAAACAGAAUCUCGUUGGAUGCAACAGAAAACUCUGCUGCAUUGAAUAUCAGUCAUACAACACGUACAAGUUCUUCAGAUACAGCUCCAGUGUUUGCAUUAAAACCAAGAAGAUCUCUCAGUGAAAGUGAUCAAUCAGGAUGUGUAGAAUCACUGUGGAGUCCUUCGGUUGCAAUCGGACUCUCAACUCCUCCUCCAUCAAGGAAGAUGUCACCAACAAUUUCAUCUUCUAAACUCAACGAACCAUUCAAGUUCAGUGCAGAAAUUUCAAAGGUUGAUGAACGACCUGUUCAAGAAGAAUCAGUUGCCAGUCGCCCUUCAACUUUAUCCAUGGCAAAUGUUGAUGGGUUUAUUCCUAACAGACCACAUCAGACAGCAUCAGCCACCUCAACACCCCUCAAACAUUUUCUUCCUUCUUUAGUUGUUUCUUCACCGAGUCCUUCUAGUUAUUCUUCCCCCAAAAAAGAAAAAGAUGAUAUGAAAAAUCAAAACUUAGAAACAAAAGUGGAUAGUUUUGUUGUCAUUACAAACGAAGCAUUAUCUGAUCUAGACUCAACACAAGCAAAUGUUGACAAUGCAACAACAAUCACUAAAACUGAGGAUUCAAGUCAACCAUCCAACUUAAUAAAAACAAAACUUCAUAUUCUUUCACAAACUGAUGCCGGAACUGAAGCUGAUGAAGCCUUUGUUGACGUUAGCUGCUCAAAUAUUGCAAUUUUAGAUUGUGGUGGAGAAGAUGCAAUGACUUUGUUUUCACCUGGUCUACAACCAGCAGAUGGUGAAACUGUUAAAACAACAAAGCAACAAAGUGAUCAUGAUUUUGAGGUAGAAGUUUUUGAUUCAGCUCAAAAAGUGUUAAACCUUCCAAACACAAGUCGAUAUAUUGAAAAAUCUCCAAAUGAAUUGCUUGAUUUACAUGUUCAGUUGUUAGCUGACGCAUAUAUGAAAUAUAAAGACAGGAUUUCAAUACCAAGUAACAAAGAAAUGGAUUGGCGUCCAAUGAUUGAUUCAUCAAGCUGUACAGCUGCAGAUGCUGCUUAUUUACGAUCACAAGUGCUUCAAAUGCACUGUGUGAUGUUGUAUGAGCGUCAUAGAAGGGAACAACAUGUACUUCGAGCGAGGAAACUUCAGAGAAAAGUUUAUGACACUGAAGCUCUUGAAGAGACGAACCAAAACUUGAAAUUUCAAGUUGGAGAAAUGGAGAAAGAAAUUCAGGGUUUGAGGUUGUCAGAAAAAGUUAAUCGUGAAAAAAUGAUGGACAAUGAAAAAUUAUUCAAUGAAAAAGAAAAACUUCUUGAAGAAAAAGUAAAAUGUUUGACUUCUGAAGUAAAACAACUAAACAUGGAAAACCAAGCUUUGAAUGAAGAUCAUCAAACAGUGAAAAAUGAAUGUCAGCAAAUGAGAAGUGAGCAUGGACAUUUAAAAUCAAAGUUAUUUGAAUCAGAACAACUUCUCAUGCGUGCAACGGUGAAUAACAAGUUACUGGAUGACCUUCAGUUUAAGGUUACUAAUCUUGAGUCAGAACUGGAGGAAGCACGAGAAUUGAAUUGUUCAGCAGAUGUUCGUGUUCGCAAUGCAGAGACUCAAGCAAAAGCUGAAAUUGCUGAAGCUAAAUUAUUAUCCAACCAAUAUGCAAGAGAAGAAACUUUCCUAAAAGAAAAGGCUGAUUUGUUUCAAACAAAAGUCGAUUUUCUGACUGCUCAAGUAAAACAACUCCAGUCAGAUGUAAACAAGAAGGAGGAUUUUCUCGUCGAGCAGAAAAAAUAUCUUGAAGAUGUCAAAUCACUGGCAAGGGUCCAAAUACAUGCUAUGGAAGCAAAAUACACUGCACAGCGUCAUAUUAGUCAACGAUUGGAAAUUCAAGUUUUGGAACUUUACAGUAAGCUCAGCGCCAUGGAGGGUGAAAUGACAAUAAGAGAACGAACUCACCUGGGUUCAGCACCAAGAUCAAUUGAGGCUUUGUCAGCCAUACAGGCAGAAGGCCAACAUCAUCAUAUAUUAGGAUCCAGUCCACAACUAAGUCCACCCAUACGUAGUAGUGGUCAUCUAUCUGAUGCUAAACAAUGGAAUCAGCUAAAACCCCAGGGAAUGUAAUAAACUGCGUUCGUGUUGCAUGUAACAUCAGUGUGAUCACAAGUUAUAUUCAUGCAAAGUUGGACUUGUUGCUGUAUUGAUGAGCAUUGUUCAGUCUAAUGGGUUAAGAUAUACUGAGUAUGAAGAAUAUUUCAUCGGGAUAUCUAAUCAACCAUGACUUUCAACAU